AUAAAUAUGUGCCAUUUUUCGUAUUCAUUUGUAGUCUACUGAUAUGAAGGUCAACUGUCAGAUUUUACAUACGAUAACUUGCAAAUACACGUAAUCCUUAAAAAAAUUAUUUCAUAUUGCCAGAAGAUUCUGGUGUUUAUCAUAAAAAUAUUUUCUUCUGGUUUUUAUAUCAAUCGCUUCUUCUUCGGAAAACAUUGUUAUGUGAUUUGAAUUUUUUUAUGAAAACAUCUGAGACUUUUAAACCCGUACGUAGUAACAUAUUGCUUGGACUGUUUGUAAAUAUUAUUACUCAGUAGACUAUUUAAGAGUGUUUUUUUUUAAGAGAAGAACAUUUUUAGGUGCUUUAAAUUAUUUACGGCAUGAGUAGACGUUUACUGCAAAGAGGUCGGUACCCAAAAGGUCCUGGAAUUGAACAAAUGACAAAUCCAAGCUCUCAAGUUCCAUCAACAACUUCUCCAGCUUGUCCACCUGGACCACAAAUGCCUUAUUAUGGUUCAUCUGUACAGACAGAGACUGCUCAAAAUCCCUGGACACAACCUUCCUAUCCUAACCCUGCUUCUUACCAGCAAAAUCAAGUAUCACAACAACCUGUGCCUGAUACUAGUAGUUACUGGUCAGGAAGUCAGAUGUAUCCAUCAUCUGUGCAGUCACCUGUAAAUGAACCCUGGAAUUGGAAACCAGAAAAUAAUAUUGAAAGCUCUAGCUACAAUAAUUAUCAGCAACCACCUCCUCUUGAACAGUGGCAACAAGUAUCAUAUUCACAGGUUGAUAACCAAAAUUAUUCUUCUCAGUCACAGGUUUAUAAUCCUUCUGCACAUCAAGUAUACCAACCUGUUGUAGAUUAUCAGACUGGAAAUAAUAAUACAAACACUAUACUUCCUAAUACUUCUGGAUCAGCAUGGGAAAAUGGAGAGUUAAGUAUAACUCAACCAGAACAACUUCCAUGGACUUAUGGUGCCCCUCAAUAUUGCAAUCCAUCAUAUUCUACAACUGACUUCCCACAAAAUUCAAAUGCUGUUCCUACAAAUACUUCUAUGUGGAAAGUGAAUUCUGAUCAGCAGUCAAUUAGUACAUCUAAUCAUAUGCAAGAAGAAUCUUCAGUUAACUACUUAUCUAGUGGAAGUACAAAUUUAAGUGGUGUUGCAAGUAAAGUGGAGACCAUUACUUCAGAGCAAACUGAAACUUCCAAAUUAGAAGUAGAUAAUGAUAGGAAAAUAAACACUUCUUCUAUAGAUGUUAACAUAAGUGAUGAAAAAAUUAACAAUCCCUCUGAAUACUCUGGCGAUAAUGAUUAUGGUAGUAGUACACUGUCAGCUUUUUUCCAAAGUAGAGAUGUUGAUAAUUCAUCAAAUAACUCUGAAUCUGGAGUAUCAACUUCUGAAAUUAAAGCUACUGUUGAUUUAACUAGUCUAGAAGAGGAAGUUGCUCACCUGAAUAUGCAUGAAAAUGAAAGUAAUUCUCAUCAUUCAGAAGAACAUGAACUUGACAUUAAAUCGGAUGAGGAAAAUUUAGAGAAUAAUUUCUUGCAGGAAGAAAAUAUAAAUGAUUUGGAUGGGGAAGGAGGACGAGAACUAGAACCAGAUUCUCCUGUUGGUUCUGUAGAAGAACCUGUUAAUCAGGAAGUUCCAGAGCCACAUACUUCAGAUUCAUCAAAACUACAGCAGAAAGGGUCAAAACAGAAUAAUAAAGAAUUACCUUUAGAAGAACCUUUAAAUCAACAGAUUCCUGCUGAAUCUGGGCAGAAAUCUCGUUCAGCAUCUUGUGAACCUGAAAAAGUAAUCAUUCGUCCUCGAGAAGAAAGUCCAUUUAAACCUCCUCGAGGAAAUAACAAUUUAAAAAGUGGAGCAAUUGUUCAACAGGAAAAAUCUGCAGUGUCUGUUGUGUCUGUUCAGAAACAUGCUGAGGCAAAAGCAUCAGAGGGCAAAACCAUAGUGCAGGAAGUAAAUUUAGAAACAUUUCCAGAUAAUUUAGAACGUCCUCCUGAUUAUGAAGAACUUAGAAAAUUGUCUCCGCUCUAUGUUUCACAUCAGAAACAUUUAAGAAAUGAGUUGAAUAACUCACCCAGUUCAUUAUUAUGUGAUAAUCCUGACAUUCCUUAUGUUUCUCUUGCACCUGCUGCACCUCCUUUGCAUUCAUCUUCAAAGUCGGACAAAUCAGAGUCAUCCGGUGAUUCCAAGCCGUCUUCAAAUACAGGCAGUUUAUAUAAUUUUGUGCCAUCUGGCAAAACACAGUGGCCUUCAUUAAAUGAAUCAAAUGUCCCAGUAAUGCUGCCAUCAAUGCCUUCUAGUAAGACUGAUUUAGGUGAAAAAAGAUUGAAAACAAACCAAUUGUCAGCUACAAGCAGCAGUGAAAUCAAAGCAACGAAAGUCUGCCUCUUCCUCCCAGUCUAAAAAGUAUGAACCUAUGUCAUCUGUAGGAAGAAAUGA